AUGAUCCCUGGGCGCACGGGUGGGAUCUACAUCCCGCCUUUCCGCAUGGCACAGAUGAUGCGUGAUGUGGAGGACAAGUCGAGCCCUGAGUAUCAGCGCCUCACCUGGGAUGCUCUCAAGAAGAGCAUCAAUGGGCUGGUGAAUAAGGUGAAUGCGACCAAUAUCAAGAAUAUAGUGACGGAGCUCUUUGCAGAGUAUCUUGUUCGUGGGCCGGGGCUUUUUUGUCAGUCUUGCAUCAAGUCACAGAUGGCCUCACCUGGGUUCACAGAUGUAUUUGCUGCGCUAGUUGCGGUUGUGAAUACCAAGUUCCCUGAGAUUGGGCGGUUGCUUCUUGUUCGUGUUGUGCUCCAGCUCAAGAGGGCAUAUAAGCGAAAUGACAAGCCUCAAUUGCUUGCGAUAACCAAAUUCAUUGCGCACUUGGUAAAUCAGGUAGUGGCGCAUGAGCUCGUGGCGCUGGAGCUUCUUACUGUACUCCUGGAAAAUCCAACUGAUGAUAGUUUUGAGGUGGCUGUGGGCUUGUCAAAGAGUGUGGGGCAAUGCUGCAGGACUUGUCUCCUCAAGGGCUUCAUGGGGUUCCCAGCCAUCCGUCCAGAGUUGGAUCUAGUGGAGCAGGAGGACCAGUUUACACAUGAGAUAUCCCUUGAAGAUGACCUAGACCCUGAGACCAAUCUAAGAUGUUUUCCGGGCAAACCCAAUUUUGUUGAAGAUGAGAAGGCAUAUGAGAAUCUAAAGAGAAGCAUUCUGGGAGCAGAGUCUUCUGAAGAUGAAGAAGGAUCAGAUGCUACUCCUGAUGAUGAUGAAGAUGAGGAAGAAUCUGAUGAAGAGGAUGAGGAACAAAUGGAGAUAAGGGAUAGAACAGAGACGAAUCUUGUUAAUCUUAGAAGAACAAUAUAUUGGACUAUUAUGUCCAGUGUUGAUUUUGAAGAAGCUGGCCACAAGCUUAUGAAAAUUAAGCUUGAGCCUGGUCAAGAGAUGGAGCUGUGCAUUAUGCUUGAGUGUUGCAGUCAGGAGAGAACAUACCUUCGUUAUUAUGGGCUGCUAGGACAGCGAUUUUGCAUGAUCAAUAAAGUGUACGAGGAGAACUUCGAAAAAUGCUUUGUGCAACAAUAUUCGAUGAUUCAUCGUCUUGGAACAAACAAGUUGAGGAAUGCUGCCUAG